AUGUCUUCCGCCGCCACCAAAAUGAUUCGAAGGAAGAAGAAUGUCAAGAAGGGCAUUCAAUUUUGUUUGAUGGUUUGCGGUGCUUCUGGAACUGGCCGAACGACCUUUGUCAAUACUCUUUGCAACAAGGAUGUUCUUACGCACAAGAAUGCCGACAAUCACUCGGAAGCCCACGUCGAGGAGGGCAUCAAGAUCAAGCCUGUUAACGUUGAGCUUGAGCUCGACGAUGAAGGCACUCGCAUCUCGCUGACCAUUGUCGACACUCCUGGAUUCGGUGACCAGAUUGACAACGAAGCUUGCUUUUCAGAGAUCGUCGGAUACCUCGAGAGACAAUACGAUUACAUCCUGGCCGAAGAGUCUCGCAUCAAGCGUAAUCCUCGCUUCAGGGACAAUCGUGUUCAUGUCAUGCUAUACUUCAUCACUCCUACCGGCCAUGGUCUUCGUGAACUGGACAUUGAGCUCAUGAAGCGCCUUGCUCCUCGAUGCAACGUUAUUCCCGUCAUUGGCCGUGCCGAUUCUCUCACCCCCGCCGAGCUGGCCGAGUCGAAGAAGCUCGUGAUGGAGGAUAUCGAGCACUAUCGCAUCCCCGUUUACAACUUUCCCUAUGACAUCGAGGAGGAUGACGAGGACACUGUUGAGGAGAAUGCGGAGCUGCGUGGUUUGAUGCCGUUUGCCAUUGUCGGCUCAGAAGAUGUUGUUGAGGUUGGUGGCCGCAAGGUUCGCGCUCGCCAGUACCCUUGGGGUAUUGUCGAGGUUGACAAUCCUCGUCACUCCGACUUCCUCGCCAUUCGAUCUGCUCUUCUGCACAGCCAUCUGGCCGACCUCAAGGAAAUCACCCACGACUUCCUGUACGAAAACUACCGUACCGAGAAGCUCUCCAAGAGCGUGGAUGGCGCCGCCGGAAACAUCGAUAGUUCCAUGAACCCCGAGGAUCUUGCUUCACAAUCUGUCCGCCUCAAGGAGGAGCAGCUCCGAAGAGAAGAGGAGAAGCUGCGCGAGAUCGAGCUCAAGGUCCAGCGCGAAAUCAAUGAGAAACGACAGGAACUCCUGGCUCGCGAAUCGCAGCUGCGAGAAAUCGAGGCUCGUAUGCAGCGAGAGGCCACUGCUGCUACUUCUGGCGCGGAAGCCAAUGGCGACCACGAGGCUUAA